ACUUUCUCGUCACUCUCCCCUUUCCCCAGCGAGCCUCACAGGCCAGCGUGAGUUUGAGACGCUGCCCUGGCUGGCGAGGCUCGCUGGCUGUCAUUCAUCAGCUCGCAGGAGAAGCGAUCACAUUAACUAAUUGACUUUUUUUUAAUUAUUUGUCUUUAUUACAUGCAUGAAUGUGAGUGAGCUUGGUAUUUCUUGACUCAGUGGAUUAUUUUGUAUUUUUACUCCUGUAACACAAUGUAGGCAGUGUGAGCACCCUGUAAACAAAACAAUUACAAAAAAUCCCAUAACUGUUUCUUCAACCAGGUUGUGGCUGGUUGCAGGGUUUCUGGAGCAGAAGAACUGUGUCAUUCCCCCCUCUGCCCUCUCGUACCCCCCCUCCCCCUCCUUGUGUCUUCCCCUGUGUGUUAGUGACCCCGCAACCCUACCCGCUCCCGUCUGAACCCCCGUGUCGUGUUGUUACGCCAACCCGAAGCCGCCCUCUCACCCCAUGCUUGGGACAAAGCCAACUCACUGCCAGCCCAAUGACUGCCUGGAUCGUCCUGCCUGUCAGCCUGUCUGCCUUCUCCAUCACAGGAAUAUGGAUAGUAUAUGCCAUGGCUGUGAUGAAUCACCAUGUUUGUCCUGUGGAGAACUGGUCCUACAACGUAACGUGCACAGAGGAGCUGCUCCGACCAGGCUUUCCCAAGACCUGUUGCACCGUCCAGGACAUUCCCCUCAUCAGUAAAUGUGGCUCUUACCCUCCUGAAAGCUGCCUGUUCAGCCUCAUCGGCAAUGUUGGAGCCUUCAUGGUGGUGAUGGUGUGCCUUCUGCGCUACGCCCAGGUGAUAGAACACAGCCACAGAUGUUGGGUGAACACCAGUGCUCUGGUCUCGGGCUGCACCAACGCAGUGGGUCUGGUUAUGGUGGGCAACUUCCAGGUUGACCACGCCAAAUCUCUACACUAUGUGGGCGCUGGCGUGGCCUUUCCAGCAGGGCUUCUCUUUGUGUGCUUACAGUGUGUGCUCACCUAUCGGGUGGCAGUAACCGCCCUCGACUACUGGAUGGCCCACUUCCGUGUGGCUCUGGCACUCGGAGCCAUGGUCUCCCUCGUUCUCAGUGGCAUCUUCUUUGUGCAUGAGAGCUUCACGCUCCAGCACGCCGCCGCCAUCUGUGAGUGGGUUUUCACCGUGGACAUCCUGGUCUUCUACGGCACCUUCACGUACGAGUUCGGCACCGUCACGGGCGAGACUAUGAUGGCGGGCCUGCAGCAAUGCCUCCACCACGGCUCAGGAGUGAUCUUGGGCCCCAGGGCUCGGGACUCCACGCUGGGAAGCGGUGCCACAAAGGGCCUCAAGUCGCCCGGUGGAAGCAGCACAUCCACACAUCUCAACUGUACCCCUGAGAGUAUAGCCAUGUUGUAGUUCUGCCACUGCAGAGGAGCUUCCUGGACGGUCAGCACAUGGAAAGAUGAUCAAGGCAGCAUGUGAAGGAAAGAGACUAAAGUCCUGUUUUUAUAACCAAUCCAACCAACUCCCGUCUGUAAUGCUGUAAUAUUAUUUUAUCCCCAUGAGGUGCAAGACAUGGCUUGCUUGGAGCUGCAGUCUGCUGUCCUCAUACAAGGUGUUCUCACAACACUAUAGCAGGAAAUCAUAUACGGAAAAUAAACCACAGGUGAGGUUAGAACUCAAAAUGUUCUGCUGCAAUACCACCAUUAUUAUUUUCAUAAGAGUUAUUUAUUCAAAAGCUAUAAGCCCUUUUCUACCAAUUGCUUUGCAUUAGUUUUUGUAUGACAUCUUACUAAGUUGUAGUCGAGACAGACUUGUGUAGUGAUGCUGGAGGAAUGUGUAGUUUGAGCACUGAAUGUUUCCAAGAUGAAUGCUGACUACCUCUGCCAAGGAGGUCAUGAUGUUGCUUUUUUUAAUGUGUGUGUCUGUUAGCAGGAUGAUGCUAAACUAAAAGCAGGUGGAAGGUUAAAGAUGGAAGGUAUGUAGAUCCCUAGAGAAAUAGGAUGCCUUGGUGGAGGUUUUCUUCUCCCACAUUCUUUUGUUGGCUGAUGUGGCCUUUCCACUUUUCAUCAAUGAAUCAUGGAUUUGACAUUUGCUUAUGUCUGCACAGCCGGCACUUUCUGAAUGCCAGUUUGUGUCGUAGAGGAUUUCAAAUGCCUUUUUAUUCCUUCAAGAAUUUAAUUUGGUUGUAGUUUCUAAUUGACGACGAUCCCAACGCUAGUUUUGAUUGUUUGAAUUUUAACACAAUGAACCACUGCAUGCAAUUCUUUACUUUUCUAGUGGAGGACUGUUAAUUGCUUAUUUAAAUUAAUUUAAAAGUGUUUAGGAUAGACUGGACCGCGGAUCCCUGCAUGCCAGUUUGAAGAGCAGAAUGGUGUUUGAGUCAGAGAAUGGAGGAAGUUGCUGCCAUGUUAAUUCUACAGCUUCACAGGCCGUCGUUACAGGCUUGUGGCUGAGGGUGUCACUGUGUCAUGGUGCCAAUUCCACUAUAAAUAAGCAAAUUCAAUGUUUCCCUAUACCCCACACUCCAGGCAAGCACUCACAUGUUAAUUGUUCAGAUGUAUGCGUCCUCAUAAGAGGCUAGGAUCCUCACAGUAUUCUGCAUGAAGCCAUCGGUUUUCCACAUGGUUCACUUUUCUCUUUGGGCAGCAGGCUCCAAUGAAAGUGCUUGUUUCUGUUGUUUUGCACCUCUUGCCAAAAACUUGUUUCAACUGCUGUAUGGAUUUGUAUGAGUUAAAGAUUUUAGCCUUAUCCCUCAUUAUGUGCCAGGGAAAGCCAUGUGCUUUAUUUGACUCGUUUGUGUUCCGCCUUAUCCCACUUCACCAUUCUGAAAACAAAAGGUGUGAUACUUCUACUGGCAGCUUGUAUGAGCCAUCACGUCAGGGUUGGAUUUCUUACUCUGCAUCAAUACAGUCUGCCACGUGGCCAAAUUCAACACUGGAUUUUUCAAUCUUUUAUUUGUUUUUCAGUAGAAAAUGUGCACAUCCAUAAAAAGGUCCUUCUGGAGAACGCUUAAUGUCUUCAACUCAGACUACUAUUUUGGUUUUUUUCUCUACAUUCUGUAAAUAUGUAGGAUCUGUUUUGUCAUCUAGGUAUUUGGAUUUGACAGAGAUUUAUAUUCAAAUAUGAAAUAAAAACUUAAAUUAUGACCAUGAUUG